UGCAUAUUUGGCUUAUAUACUCUUUCAUAUAGACUUUCUCCUGGAAUCGAUGCAUUGGUGAAGAAGCUGAAGGAGAAUAACAAAACCGUAUUUUUGGUAUCUGGAGGUUUUCGUCAGAUGAUAAAUCCUGUUGCAUCAAUGCUUGGGAUACCUUUGGAUAACAUAUAUGCCAAUCAACUCCUGUUUGGAAGCUCUGGGGAGUACUUGGGAUUUGAUCCCAACGAGCAUACUUCAAGGAGUGGAGGGAAAGCUACAGCUGUUCAACAGAUUAGGAAGACCAAAGGUUACAAAUUUCUAGUUAUGAUUGGAGAUGGUGCAACUGAUCUUGAGGCUCGUCAACCAGGUGGCGCUGACUUGUUUAUAUGCUACGGUGGAGUUCAGCUUCGGGAGCUCGUUGCUGCAAAAGCUGAUUGGCUUGUGUACAAUUUCAAAGACUUGAUCAACACAUUGGACUAG